AUGCUUCCGCCAAGGGUAGUUGCAGCAGUGUUGCUGUUGAUAAUAACAGCAAGUUUGAUUGGAGCAGAGGGAAAACCUCGUCGAAUUGUUGUUGAUACAGAUGUUGAUACUGAUGAUUUGUUUGCUAUGCUUUACCUCUUGAAAGUCAACACUUCACAGUUUCAAUUCGAGGCUGUGACCAUUAGUGCAAAUAGCUGGACUAAUGGUGGGCAUGCUGUGAACCAAGUUUAUGACUUGCUUUACAUGAUGGGAAGAGAUGAUGUUUCUGUUGGUGUUGGAGGUGAGGGUGGAAUGCUCCCUAAUGGGACCAUACUCCCAAAUGUUGGUGGAUAUCUUUCAAUUAUAGAUCAGGGAAUGACAACAGCUGGGAGUUGCAGAUACAGACAAGCCAUUCCUGUCGGACUCGGAGGACGCUUAGAUAUCGAUUCAAAUUACGGUAUCAGAAAAGCUUUCCUACCACAGGGAAAAAGGAAAUAUACACCAUUGCAGCAACCAACUGCUCAACAAGUGUUGAUUGAAAAAGUAUCAGCAGGUCCAACAACUCUGCUUAUGAUGGGAGCACAUACAAAUAUCGGAAUUUUCUUAAUGAAUAAUCCACACUUGAAGAAAAAUGUGGAACAUAUUUAUAUAAUGGGUGGAGGUGUAAGGUCAAGUAAUCCAACCGGUUGUUGCCCGAAGAACGCUUCGUCUUCGUGCGUGCCUCGACAGUGUGGUGAUCAUGGAAAUAUGUUUACAGAUUAUAAUACUAACCCUUAUGCAGAAUUCAAUAUCUUUGGAGACCCUUUUGCAGCUUACCAUGUGAUUCAUUCUGGAAUUCCUAUCACUCUUGUUCCUCUUGAUGCAUCAAACACAAUCCCAAUCACUGAACAAUUCUUUGACACGUUUGAAAAGAGUCAAGACACGUACGAGGCACAGUACUGUUUCAAAUCCUUGAAAAUAUCUCGUGAUACUUGGUUCGACGACCAAUUCUAUACGAGUUAUUUUAUGUGGGACUCUUUCAUGGCUGGAGUGGCCAUCUCAAUCAUGAGUAAACCCAAUAACUAUAAUGGAGAAAAUGAAUUUGCUGAAAUGGAAUAUAUGAACAUAACAGUAGUCACUUCAAAUAAACCAUAUGGUAUAUCUGAUGGAUCCAAUCCACUCAUUGAUGGCCUAAAAGUUCCCAAGUUCAAUAUUCAAAAAGACGGGGUUCAUAGUGGUCAUAUUCAACAAGGACUCAGAGAUCCUCUUUGCUUUGUGAAGAAUGGCAAAGGAAAAUGUCAGGAUGGAUAUACAAAAGAGGAAAAUGGUCCAGACUCAGUAAGAGUACUUGUUGCUACAAAAGCAAAGCCUAACCGAGAUGUUAAGAGUUCACUUGACAGAGAAUAUUUCAUAAACUUCUUAAAUGUUCUGAAGCAGCCAAAACAAGCAGGGAGAUACAACUUCACUACACAAUUUCCCUACUACAAAGAAGUAACUUACAAGCCAGAUUUUAGUAACAAAACAUUGGGAAAACCAGUUGUGUUUGACAUGGACAUGAGUGCAGGAGAUUUUCUAGCUCUUUUUUAUCUCCUUAAAGUUCCUGUUCAAGUAAUCGACCUUAAGGCAAUCAUUGUGAGUCCUACUGGAUGGGCAAAUGCAGCAACUAUAGACAUAGUUUAUGACAUACUUCACAUGAUGGGUCGUGAUGAUAUACCGGUUGGUCGAGGAGAUGUUUUUGCACUGAAUCAGACAGAUCCGGUGAUCUCAGCCGUUGGAGAAUGCAAGUAUGUUAAAGCCAUUCCUCAUGGGAGUGGCGGGUUUUUGGAUUCUGACACUCUUUAUGGUCUCGCUCGUUAUCUUCCACACAGCCCAAGAAGAUAUACAGGAGAAAACUCGGUGAAGUUUGGAGCCCCACGUGAUACGGAUCACCCUGAACUUAGACAACCAUUAGCUAUGGAAGUUUGGGAGUCUGUCUUGCAAACAUUGAAACAAGGGACCAAUGUUACAGUAUUAACCAAUGGACCCUUGACUAAUUUGGCAAAGGUUGUUUCAAUGAAAAACAUAAGCUCUAGAAUUCAGGAGGUCUAUGUAAUGGGGGGACACAUAAGCAGUAACGCAGAAGACAAAGGAAAUGUGUUUUCAGUUCCUUUAAACCAAUAUGCCGAAUUCAACAUGUUCUUAGAUCCUUAUGCGGCCAAAACAGUGUUCGAAUCAGAAGUUGACAUCACACUCAUUCCACUCAGUACUCAGCGCAGAGUGAGUUCGUUUGCAACAGUGAGAAAAAAGUUGCGUGGGACUAGAAGAACACCAGAGGCUGUGUUUACAAAGCAUCUAUUGUCAAGCCUACACCGUUUGAAGAAAAUCAAUCACAGAUACCACCAUAUGGACACAUUCCUGGGAGAAAUUCUAGGUGCAGUUGUCUUGGCUGAAAAGGCUUCAACUCCGAAGACAAAAUUUGAGGUGAAGUCCAUUAAAGUCUUAGCUAGUGGCAAUGAAUCCACAGAUGGAAAAAUAGUGGUGGAUGAGAAAAAAGGAAAGUUAGUCAAAAUAUUAAGCAAUGUGGAGGAAAAUGCUUAUUAUGAUUUGUAUGCAAACAAGCUUGGUGAUCAGUAUCAGUCAGCUAAGGUGGCAAGCUUUAAAGCACAGAAGAGACAGUGGAGUCAUCCUCAUGAUGAUAAGCCUAGCAAAGAAAACGGUGCUCAACUACAUGUUUAA